GGAGCGGUGCGGGCUGCGGGCGGUGCCCCGCGGCUGGAGGCCAAUGACGGCCGGGACCGUCACGGCUCCGCGUCACGCGGGCAGCCGCCAAGAUGGCGAAGGUCUCGGAGAUGUACGACGUGACCUGGGAAGAUAUGCGUGAUAAGAUGAGGAAAUGGAGGGAAGAAAACUACCGAAACAGUGAGCAGAUUGUGGAUGUUGGAGAAGAGUUAAUUAAUGAAUAUGCAUCUAAGCUUGGAGAUGACAUUUGGAUAAUAUACGAACAGGUGAUGAUUGCUGCCCUGGACUGCAGUCGAGAUGAUUUGGCACUGUUUUGUCUUCAGGAACUAAGGAGGCAGUUUCCUGGGAGCCAUAGGGUGAAGCGAUUAACUGGAAUGAGAUUUGAAGCUAUGGAAAGGUAUGAUGAUGCCAUCCAGUUAUAUGAUAGAAUUUUACAAGAGGAUGCAACCAAUACGGCAGCAAGGAAGCGUAAGAUUGCCAUUCGAAAAGCCCAGGGGAAAAAUCUUGAGGCCAUCCGAGAGCUGAAUGAAUAUCUGGAACAAUUUGUUGGAGACCAGGAAGCUUGGCAUGAACUUGCAGAACUUUACAUCAAUGAACAUGACUAUGCAAAAGCCGCCUUCUGCUUAGAGGAGCUUAUGAUGACUAAUCCACACAACCACUUAUAUUGUCAACAAUAUGCUGAAGUUAAAUAUACUCAAGGGGGGCUUGAAAACCUAGAGCUAUCAAGAAAAUAUUUUGCACAAGCACUGAAACUUAACAACAGAAAUAUGAGAGCUUUGUUUGGGCUUUACAUGUCUGCGAGCCAUAUUGCCUCCAAUCCAAAAGCAAGUGCAAAAAUGAAAAAGGAUAAUAUAAAAUAUGCCAGUUGGGCAGCGAAUCAAAUAAAUAGAGCCUACCAGUUUGCAGGUCGCAGUAAGAAAGAAACUAAAUACUCCCUGAAAGCAGUGGAAGACAUGUUGGAGACCCUGCAAAUCACUCAGUCUUAGGUUGGCACAAAGAGAUCCAAUAUUAAAUUUUCAGAUUUUUUGAUCAAACUUUAAUAACUUAUGGGUUAUGUUACUCCAGUGCUGUUAAAAAUUAAUUUUCUAUUGAUUAAUGUGGCUAUCUAAAAUUAUGUUUUCUGGUAAUUAAAAUGCCUAUUUAUUGCUGCUAUCUGAAAUGUGAUGAAUACCCACUGAAAUGAGUAACUUGUCAAAGCAGAUGACAUAAAGAAAUAUAAUGAGUUGCACAACAGUCCCUUUAGAUUUUGUAUGUACAGUACCUGCUUUUAAGCCAUAAUUUGUAGAAAUAAACUUGUUAAAUGACUAAAAGGAAUUACAGUGAUUUAUUGGACUUGUCAAUGGAAGCUACAAAUUUAUAUAUGGAGAUUAAUAACAUAUGUUAGAAAAUUUUAUCUUACUAGAAUAUUUAAGAGCUAAAGCAUGCUAUGGAUGUAUACUUUGUUAACUAUUUACUAUACAAGAAGAGAUUAUUUUGCACGAAUACAAUUUAUUAGAGGAAAACAUUAAUGAUUUUAUGAAUCGAUUGAUAAUCUGGUAUUGUAGAAAUGGAGAAAACUGUUUUGUGUACUUUUCUUUAGAGGGUCUCCUAUACUGGCUUAUGGCCAAAGACAUUUGUCUCCGUGGCUUUCUGGGCAAGUGCUUCCAUGUCUACCGAGUUCUCCAAUCAGUAAAUACAUGUGCUUUUCUUUUUUCUUUCUUUCUUUUUAACUCCUUCUGUGUCCUUUGUUGUACAUAUGUUCCACAUCAUGAAUUUAAAAACCAUCUGAACACAG